CUGACCAUGUGAACGAACUAACCGGAAAACAGUCAGGCAGAGCGGAGCGGAGGCUGGUAGAGGAAAGAUGGCAGCCGCGGCAGUGGCUGAGUUUCAGAGAGCACAGUCUCUUCUUGGAACAGACCGGAAUGCCUCUAUCGAUAUCUUACAUUCAAUAGUGAAGCGGGACAUCCAAGAGAAUGAUGAGGAGGCGGUGCGUGUUAAAGAGCAGAGCAUCCUGGAGUUGGGUGGGCUGCUGGCCAAGACGGGACAGGCUGCAGAGCUUGGGGGUCUGCUGAAGUAUGUACGACCCUUCCUCAACUCCAUCUCCAAGGCCAAGGCAGCCCGGCUGGUCCGCUCCCUACUGGACCUGUUCCUGGACAUGGAAGCUGCCACAGGUCAGGAGGUUGAGCUCUGUCUGGAGUGCAUCGAGUGGGCCAAAGCUGAGAAGAGGACCUUCCUCAGACAGGCACUAGAGGCUCGUCUCAUCUCACUCUAUUUUGACACAAAAUGCUACCAGGAGGCACUACAACUUGGCUCCCAGUUACUGCAGGAGCUGAAGAAGAUGGAUGACAAGGCCCUGCUGGUGGAGGUUCAGCUGCUGGAGAGUAAGACAUACCACGCGCUCAGUAACCUCCCCAAAGCUCGUGCCGCUCUUACAUCUGCCAGGACAACCGCCAACGCCAUCUACUGCCCCCCUAAACUACAAGCAGCAUUGGACAUGCAGUCAGGGAUCAUUCAUGCAGCAGAGGAGAAAGACUGGAAGACGGCGUACUCCUACUUCUACGAGGCCUUUGAGGGCUACGACUCCAUUGACAGCCCACGAGCCAUCACAGCCCUCAAAUACAUGCUGCUCUGCAAAAUCAUGCUCAAUGCGCCAGAAGACGUCCAGGCCCUCAUCAGUGGCAAGCUGGCUCUGCGGUAUGCUGGCAGACAGACAGACUCACUGAAAUGUGUGGCACAAGCCAGCAAGAACCGAUCGCUGGCAGACUUUGAAAAGGCACUAACAGAGUACAAAGCAGAGCUGAGGGAUGACCCCAUCAUCAGCACCCAUCUGACCAAGCUGUAUGACAACCUGCUGGAGCAAAACCUCAUCAGGGUCAUCGAACCUUUCUCCAGGGUCCAGAUAGCACACAUUUCCUCCCUCAUCAAACUCCCCAAGGGAGACGUGGAGAGGAAAUUAUCACAGAUGAUCCUGGACAAGAAGUUUCAUGGUAUUUUGGACCAAGGCGAAGGUGUGCUGAUUGUCUUUGAGGAGCCGGUGGUGGACAAGACGUACGAAGCGGCCCUGGAGACCAUUCAGAACAUGAGCAAAGUGGUCGACUCUCUCUACAACAAAGCCAAGAAGCUAACAUAAGAGAGAGUGAAACCAUCAGUCCUCCUGUCCGGAGUGAUGUGGGCCAGUCACAUCUCCGCUGAUCUAUCACUUCAACCCGGGAGGGACGAGGGGAGGAGGACGAGGAGUUUACAGACACUAAUCAACCCAGCAAAGCAAACAAACCAGCUGACCAUCUGAAGACGACCUGACAGAGUAACAAAGUGACAGGGUGGACACGAUGCUCCUGCUACUCCUCCCUCAGCCCUCUGCUCUCCCUUCUUCCUGUCUGACUGGGGCUGACCUGACACAACAUGCUCCUCCCUAUGAACAAAUCCAGGCACUGUGCCCCUCUUCUCUUGUCCCACCACUGGGUUCUACUGUAUGUAAAUCAGACACCCGCCCCUUUUUCCUCCUCCCCUCUGUUUCUGUCUGCACUGGCCAUCAGGGAAUCUUGUAAUAUAACAGUAAAAAAAUACAUAUACAGUACUUAUACAUACAUGCAUUGUGUGUAUGUAUAUAUAUGUAUAUAUAUAUACAUGCCUACAUAUGUAUAUAUGUGUAUAUAUACAUAUAUAUGUGUAUAUAUAUAUAUAUAUAUACACAUAUAUAUAUGUACAUAUAUAUAUAUGAAAAAAAUGUGCUCGGCCUGUUAUCAGAGUGUAACCGGGGAUGAAUGUGGGUGAGUUGGUUGGUUGUUUGGUUCAGUCAGUCAGUCUGUUUCUCCCACUGGAUUCUACCUGCUGUGUUUAAUUUGCCAACCAACUCUGAAACUGAAUGAAAUUGAUUUAUGAAGACUCGCCACACGAUUAAUCAGGUCACCUGAAGAGAGAUUUUGGAAACAGAGGCGUCAGAACAACCCCAUCCAUUCUCCUCUUGUCCGUACUGUUGACUUUUGAACCCGCACAUUUUCCACCCUGAGUGGUCUCACUCACUCACAAGGCAUUCUGGGAUUUGUGGACCAUACAGGGAGUUUGUUCUUCUGUCCACUCGGGACCAUGCCACAAGGAGAGGAGGACAUUCAUCACCAUGGUGGGGUCUCCGGCAGCCCCCCCCCCCCUUCCCCCUGCACUCUUAUUUCCUGUUUGUAUAUAACAUUGCCAAGCGCCUCUGUUCAUCUAAGGCCUAAUGUAUUCACACUGUCCCCUUUUUUUAUAAUGAGUAAGAACAGAUUGGACCUCGCCACUGAGAGCUCAGUGAGUCACACAAAGUGCUUUUGAUGCUCGAUACGUGACUGGAGCGAGAACUCUGCGUUCUGAGAUGUUUUGGGUUUUGUGUGCAGAAAAGGGCGGGUUUCGCUGAAGAAAAUCAAGCUGUACAUUUCUGGGAACUUACUUUUGCAAGGACUCGAGGGUUUACCAUAUAUGACAUAGAGAAAGACAAAUGCUAAUAAAAAAAAAUUAAAUCUG